CGCCCGCCGUCCUCCCCCGCGCACCCUUGCGCCUCUCCUCUGCCCCCCCCUCUGGCGCUGACCCCCCUGUCUCUCCUGCGGCCGCCUUGGGUGCUCCCACCGAGGAGCGGAGAUUCUAGAGUCGCUGGGAUGCCCCAGCUCUCCGGGGGAGGCGGCGGCGGCGGCGGGGGGGACCCGGAACUCUGCGCCACCGACGAGAUGAUCCCCUUCAAGGACGAGGGCGAUCCGCAGAAAGAGAAGAUCUUCGCCGAGAUCAGUCACCCCGAAGAGGAAGGCGAUCUAGCCGACAUCAAGUCUUCUUUAGUGAAUGAAUCCGAAAUCAUCCCGGCCAGCAACGGACACGAGGUGGCCAGACAAGCACAAACCUCUCAGGAGUCCUACCAUGACAAGGCCAGAGAACACCCUGAUGAUGGAAAACAUCCGGAUGGGGGCCUCUACAACAAGGGACCCUCCUUCUCCAGCUAUUCUGGCUACAUAAUGAUGCCAAACAUGAAUAACGACCCGUACAUGUCAAACGGAUCUCUCUCUCCCCCCAUCCCCAGAACAUCAAACAAAGUGCCCGUGGUUCAGCCCUCCCACGCCGUCCACCCCCUCACCCCCCUCAUCACCUACAGCGACGAGCACUUUUCUCCUGGAUCUCACCCAUCACACAUCCCGUCAGAUGUCAGCUCCAAACAAGGCAUGUCCAGACACCCUCCAGCUCCUGACAUUCCCACCUUUUACCCUCUGUCUCCGGGUGGGGUAGGACAAAUCACCCCACCUCUCGGCUGGCAAGGUCAGCCUGUAUAUCCCAUCACGGGUGGAUUCAGGCAACCCUACCCAUCCUCACUGUCAGUCGACACUUCCAUGUCCAGGUUUUCCCAUCAUAUGAUCCCUGGUCCCCCUGGUCCCCACACAACUGGCAUCCCUCAUCCAGCCAUUGUAACGCCUCAGGUCAAACAGGAGCACCCUCACUCGGACAGCGACCUAAUGCACGUGAAGCCUCAGCAUGAACAGAGAAAGGAACAGGAGCCCAAAAGACCUCACAUUAAGAAGCCUCUGAAUGCUUUCAUGUUAUACAUGAAAGAAAUGAGAGCAAAUGUCGUCGCCGAGUGUACGCUAAAGGAAAGCGCAGCUAUCAACCAGAUCCUAGGCAGAAGGUGGCAUGCCCUUUCUCGUGAGGAACAAGCUAAAUAUUAUGAAUUAGCUCGGAAAGAGAGACAGCUACACAUGCAGCUUUAUCCAGGCUGGUCAGCAAGAGACAAUUAUGGUAAGAAGAAGAAGAGGAAGAGAGAAAAACUGCAGGAGUCCACAUCAGGUACAGGUCCAAGAAUGACAGCUGCCUACAUCUGAAACAUGGUGGAAAACGAAGCUCAUUCCCCACGUGCAAAGCCAAGGCAGCGACCCCGGGACCUCUUCUGGAGAUGGAAGCUUGUUGAAAAACCCAGACUUAUCUCCGCGGCUUGUCCAGCUGACCCCGAAGGAGCACUGACCCCCACCGCCACGCGAGGUCGCUGUUAGAGACGCUUCUCCAUAGAGACAAUCACUGCCAAUGCCCCCUUCUAUCUACUUGCAAGAGCCAAGUUCCAAAAACAUAAGGUUUUUUUAAAAAAGAAAAAAAAAAGAUUACAAAGCACAUGAGAAUGCUAACAGGCACCCGUCCGCCGAAUGGCUUUGUCCUCCCUUCGCAGAGCACCUCGCGUGCACCGCUGUCACCCUCCAGCAAGGACAGUGACGUGGCCAGCUUCGCCACACGGAACCGGAGCCAUCCGCCCACCGCAGCCGCAGCGGCCCGGCGCGGGACUUGUGUCUUUCCUUCUCCUAAAGCUUUUAUUUAAUAGUGCAAGAACGAUUGAUCUCAUGGUUGCUUUUCUUUCUUUUUUUUUUUUAAACGAAUAUUUUUUUAAUUUCCUUUUUUUUUUUCCAAGUUUUAUUUUUCUUGUUGACUAUGUGGCUAGCUAUGAGUUUUUAAAUAAAAUCCAAAGGCCGGAAAGAGUUUGGAAUAAAAACCUAAUGGAAAUGGAGACCUUUUUUUGUUGUUUUGAGCUCUUGUCUCUGUACCCAGUGGCCUAUGUCCUUGUAAAGGUGUUUGGUAGAGCUAAAUAAACAUCAUGGCUGCCAGAUC